AACAGAACAGGUUCCCGUUAGAUAGACACAUAAUGAUUGGAUGAAAACGCGGAACUCUUCCAUAUUAAUGCAUUUAGUGAUCACUAUUUGCUUCUAAUGGAACAACAUGGAGGUGUCAAAAGAUACCACAGACAGAACUGAAAAACAGGAUGAAAAUAAUGACAAUGGACACAAUGGAAAUGAUUCAGAAACUAGUUGUGAUAUCCAGAUAAGCAAUGACAGCCCAUCAAUUGAAAGUAAACCCAUAACAAAAAAACUCUCACCUAAAGAAAGGGAAAGAAGAGCAAAAAUUCAGAAAUCCCAGCUGUACAUACAAACUGAUGACAAACAAUGGCCAAUAGUAUAUGCAGCGGAAUACAAUAUUAGUUUCCUUGGGCUGGAAAAAUUACACCCUUUUGAUGCUGGGAAAUGGGGAAGAAUCUUUGAAUUCUUGAAAGAAUCAAAGAUGGUAAGAGAAGAGACAAUUGUAAAACCACUAGAGGCAACCGAAGAUGACUUACUCCUUGUACACUCCAGAAAUUACAUAAAUUCAUUGAAGUUGACAGACAUUGUGGAAGGAAUCAACGAGUGGAGCAUGAAUGUGGCUGGAAUUACUGAAGUGCCUCCUGUAGCCUUGUUGCCUAAUUUCAUCGUCCAGAGGAAGGUGCUCCGUCCAUUUCGACAUCAGACUGGGGGAUCCAUAUUGGCAGGCAAGCUGGCCAUGGAUCGUGGCUGGGCCAUCAAUAUUGGCGGAGGAUUCCACCAUUGUUCUGCAGAGCGUGGGGGCGGCUUCUGUGCGUAUGCCGACAUCACCUUGUCCAUUAAAUUCCUGUUUGAGAAGGUGGAGGCUGUGUCAAAGGUCAUGAUUGUUGACCUUGAUGCUCAUCAGGGCAAUGGUCACGAGCGAGACUUCAUGGACGACGAUCGGGUGUACAUAAUGGACGUGUAUAACAGAGGAAUAUACCCACAUGACGGAUUUGCCAAGAGGGCAAUCAAGCGGAAAGUGGAGCUGAAUCACCUGACUGAUGAUGUUGACUACCUACAUGCUGUUAAAUCCAAUUUGAAUGCUUCUCUUGAGGACUUCACGCCAGAUAUUAUUGUGUACAAUGCCGGGACGGACAUAUUGGACGGGGACCCACUCGGAAACCUCUCUGUCACCGCCCAGGGCAUCAUCGACAGAGAUGAGAUGGUGUUUGCAAUAGCCAGAAAACUGAAUAUCCCCAUCUUCAUGUUGACAAGUGGGGGAUAUACGAGGGGCACUGCCCGAAUCAUUGCUGACUCCAUCCUAAAUCUGCGACAAAAGAAACUCAUUUCAGGUGAAGAGGCAGGGUCGCCCGUGCUCACUGAAACAGAGCUGUUGGACGGAGUGAUGUCACGCAGUCAGAGCGAAGGGAGCUUGUUCUCCAGAUGUAAGAAUGCCUGCGUGUCCUUCAUAUCUCGGUCAUCAACACAGGAGUUCGAUCAAGUAGGGAAAGAAGAUGGACAGAGUGACAAGGGAUGAAUACAGACGAUGGACGAGUAAAUCUGGGAGUGGAUGUAUUGUCAUCUGUACAUACGUUUCAUGGAAUGAAAGAACUGAGUGAACUCGUACAUUUGUGUAAAUAAAGCCGACUUUACGUGA